CGGGGCGGCAGCGCCAGGGGGCAGCGGCCGACGGGCGGCCCCUGAACUUGGGGGGGACGCGGGAGGCGGCGGCUCGGCGGGGCGGAGCGCGGCGCCGGGGCCCGGCCCGGCUCCCCCGCCUGGCGACGGGGAGGGGGGACUCGGCCGCCAGCCCCCCUCCCCUAGUUCACCGUUUGGAGCGGCGGGAGCGGCCGGAGCUGUCUGCGGGGAAGGUCCCGGCCCGGGCUGGGAAGGGCCCGGAGGUCACCGACCCUCCCCCGGGAGUCCGUCCGGUCCCGGCGCUGAUUUUGUGGCGCUGAAAGUGUCCUGUGCCCUGUCACCCCUCUCUGCUCUCCCGCCGUGCCCCGCCAGCCGCGGUGACACCUGUGGGAAGUGCGGGAGGGACCGGGUGGGCAUCCCCGAGCCCCGGCCGUGAGCGGCCGGUCACCGGGCGGCCGGUGCCCCGGGAGGAACCGGGAGUUGGGGCAGAGGGUCCCCCUGACCCCCCCGGGGCCGGGCUGGGUUGUGUCGUCCUGCACCGCUGACACCCGGAGCAGAGGCGGUGACACAUCAUGUGCCAGGCGGAAUCCCGGUGGAUGAAGGAUGCCCCCGGGAGCUCUCGGUAGGCACCAAAGGCCUCAAACUUUUGUAGGCGACAGCGAAGACGCAAGAAUUGUUUCGGAAAACUCCUUCGAGGAAACUUGGUUCCAGCUGCCCAACGGCUGAACCCCCCGCACCCCGUCCGGGCCGUGGGAGCACACCUUCCCACCCCAGCUGGGAAUCAUGAGCUCCUAGGGAUGGAAAGUCACGAGAGGGACUGGGAGCUGCUCUGGUUCCACGGGGUGGCCUGACGGCCUGGAGAUGACCUAACUCUUUAGGAUCAAACUGGGCCCAGUCAAGGCCAGGUGACUGGGAAGAGCCCCCGGCAGCGGGACCGGGUCGGAAGCAACGUGAGUCCCAAACUGAGUGUGUCCCGUCACAGAUUUAUGUUCUUUUUCAAAGACGUUCUGGAGCCAGGCCGGGAUCUUUUGGCAUCCAACUGACCUGGAAGCAGCUCUUAGGUUUGGGGGGUUUUUUUUGGGUUUUUUUUGGCCUUCUUUUUUUUGGUUGUUUUUUUUAAUUAUUAUUCAUGUUUGUACAAUCUUCUGGAUAUUUUUUUCCUGAGAAGGAGUAAAAAGGGAGUGUUGGAAACUAACAAACAGGAUUAAAGCCCUGAGCGCUUAAGGAAAAAAAACAGGUUAAGGAACUUAAUCCAGGAUGGAUCUGCAGGAGCCCCAGCAGCUGGGAAUGUUUGCGGAGAGCGAGCUGAUGUCGGUGGGGAUGGACACGUUCAUCCACCGCAUCGACUCCACCGAGGUCAUUUACCAGCCCCGGCGCAAACGGGCCAAGCUCAUCGGCAAGUACCUCAUGGGAGACCUGCUGGGAGAGGGCUCCUACGGCAAAGUCAAGGAGAUGCUGGACUCAGAGACCCUGUGCAGGAGAGCUGUGAAGAUCCUGAAGAAGAAGAAGCUGCGCCGGAUCCCCAAUGGGGAGGCCAACGUGAAAAAGGAGAUCCAGCUCCUGCGGAGAUUACGGCACAAAAAUGUCAUCCAGCUGGUAGAUGUGUUGUACAAUGAGGAGAAGCAGAAAAUGUAUAUGGUGAUGGAGUACUGUGUGUGUGGGAUGCAGGAAAUGCUGGACAGUGUCCCAGAAAAGAGGUUUCCAGUGUUUCAGGCUCACGGGUACUUUUGUCAGCUUAUAGAUGGCUUAGAAUACUUGCACAGCCAAGGGAUUGUCCACAAGGAUAUAAAACCGGGGAACCUCCUGCUAACAACCAAUGGGACACUAAAAAUAUCUGAUUUAGGCGUAGCAGAGGCAUUGCAUCCGUUUGCGGAGGACGACACGUGCAGGACAAGCCAAGGGUCGCCAGCAUUCCAGCCCCCAGAAAUUGCCAAUGGCCUUGACACCUUUUCAGGCUUUAAAGUCGACAUCUGGUCUGCAGGGGUGACGCUAUACAACAUCACAACGGGUCUGUACCCUUUUGAAGGGGAUAAUAUCUAUAAAUUAUUUGAAAACAUCGGGAAAGGUGACUACACAAUUCCAGAGGAUUGUGGUCCUCCACUCUCAGACUUAUUGAGAGGGAUGCUUGAAUACGACCCAGCCAAGAGGUUCUCAAUACAGCAGAUAAGGCAGCACAACUGGUUUAGGAAGAAACACGCUCAGGCAGAGGCGCUGGUGCCCAUCCCUCCCAGCCCCGAGACAAAGGACAGGUGGAGGAGCAUGACGGCGGUGCCUUACCUGGAAGAUCUGCAUGGCUACAAUGAGGAAGAGGAUGAUGACUUGUAUGACAUUGAAGAUGAUAUCAUCUACACUCAGGACUUCACAGUACCAGGACAGGUGCCUGAGGAGGAGGCCGGGCAGAACGGGCAGAGCCGCGGCAAGGGGCUGCCCAAGGCCGUGUGCAUGAACGGGACGGAGCCGGGGCAGCUGAGCGCCAGGGCCAAGGGCGAGCGCCGGGCCAGCGCCUCCUCCAACCCCUCCCGCAAGGCCUGCUCCGCCAGCAGCAAGAUCCGCAAGCUCUCCACCUGCAAGCAGCAGUGAGCUCUGCCCAGCGUCCCUGGACCCAGGCCAGCCUGUGUCCCCCUCCUUGCCCCAGCUCUGCCUCUCUCCUGGGACUGGACUGUGCUUGCAAUCCAAAAGGAAACCAGAAGAAACCAACCAAGGAGCCCAGCCCCCCUUCCCUGCCCGCACCCCCUGCUCCGGCCAGCGCCAGGACACGAAGCUGCAGUGGCCAGACCUUCCCCGUCGGACACCUGGGAGUUGAACUCUGCGGCUGCCAGGACGCUGCCCCCUUCCCCCCAAUCACUCUUUGCCAAUCAAGACACUGAUUAUGUUUUUAAUUUUGCGAUGGGAAGGGUGGGAUGAGGGGUCUGGGGGGGUGGGACCCUCCCCCUCCCCCCUGCCAGGCCCCCCCGGCCGUGUAGAGUCGUGCAAAGCCAUUGCCGUGCACUUUAUGUUUUAGACUACUGUUAUAUAUUAUAUAUUUUCCUCUUAUUUUUGUUUUUUUUUCUUUGUUUGUUUUUUGUUUUGUUUAUAUUUGCGGUAUAUUUAGAGAUUCCUACACAUCAUGAUGUGUUAAAAUAAACCAGAUGAGGAAAAAAAAAAAAA